AAUUGAUUUAAAUAUUAAUAAUUAAACCAAAUAUAAUAUAAUAGUCUGAAAAUGUCGACAUUUUUCACUCUCAUUGUUUUGAGUGUCUGUUCAGUUGUAGUGAUCGGUGAAACAGAUUUACAAAACUUUGCACAAAAUCUGAUCCAAUUACUCAAUCCAAACGGUGCUGACUCUCAACCCAAUAAACUUCUCCUACAAUUAACUAAUGGUGAACACUUGGCGUUGAAGUCAUUCAUUGGAGACAACUCUCAGGAAAAAUUAAAACUGGAGAUCUCUUUUGCCGGAACCGUUAGUAUCAGUGCUCAGAGGAAUGACCAGAAGGUUGUCGUGUCGACAGACUAUUUGGGAGGACUCGGCCUUCAAUUGAAUGCCAACCAAAGCAAUGCCAACACAAUUGAUGGCAAACCUGUGGAUCCAUUCCUGAAGAAUAUCUACGAAACA